GUGGGAGUGCGCGUUGGCAAAGUAGCCGCGAGCGUUCUGGACGAGUUCGUUCGCGCCGCGGCUCUGGAACAAGUAACUUUGACACACAACUCCUCAACAACAGCAGUGACCCUCACAUUUAGCAUAUUUCACCCAGUUUAGUACACGGAACACCUGGGAUAUCGCUUCAGCUGUAUCCAUAUCAACACACCGCACGCACCUCACUAUGCUCCUUUCUUCCUGCUGAUGACCUUUGACCUCUGGCAACGAUGGCAGACCGCCCGUUGGCUCCUGGUCAGAGGUACAUAGAGGUGGAAUACGACUAUGAUUAUAAAUCCAAAGACCGUUUAAUCACCAUUAAACAGGGGGAAUGUUAUCUGCUAAUAAAGAAGACCAAUGAUGACUGGUGGCAGGUGUGCAAGGAGGAGGGCAGUAAGCCCUUCUAUGUUCCGGCACAGUAUGUACGAGAAGUGCGACGAGCUCUCAUGCCCCCUCCAAAACCCCUCCCGCAAACAGGGUUGGGGGCAAGAGGGGGAACUGGAAACAUUCGGCCAUCUGCCCUGGAUAUCCAGCGAUCAGAUGAGAAGAAGAGCCCAUCCCCCUCCACUGGGCAAAGCACCAAGUUAUUGCCACCCAGAGAUGACCGGGGCAGCCCGGGCAGCCCUACAGGGCAUGCCCCCUACACACAAAUAAACACAACCCACGGUUCGCUUCCUCUAUUGAGAGCAGAGUCCCCAAGUCACAAAACUGAUGGAGAAAGGGACAAAAACAGGGAGUUGGAGAAGCGGGAUCAAGGACGGGAAAAAAGUGCAAUUCAGGAAGAGUUAGCCAGAGAGCGAGGAGGCUUGGUUAAGAACCAAAAUGACUCUGAGUCUGGGGAAGAGCUCAGCAGCGGUUCCAUCGAUAACCUGCAGCCUGUGUCUGCAGGACAGGGUAGGCCUGAUUCUCCUGUCUCCAUAAAUCUUCAGGAGCUGAAGAUCUCUCAGUCCUCUACCCCGCCACUGCCGUCCUCUUCUCCACUUCACACCAAUGGUGACUGGGAGACUCACAAAAAUCAGAAUGGCAGACACUUUUACUACAAUCGCAGCACGAAGGAGAGGACCUGGAAACCCCCCCGGGCACAGGACAGCCUCACCAGGAAAGAGGAAAGACAAGAGACGACUGACGCUGAGAAUCUGUCUUCGGAGGAGAACUGUCUGAGCAGCCAAUCAGAUAGCCAAUAUGGUUCGCCCCCUAGAGGCUGGUCUGAGGAAAUGGAUGAGCAUGGACACACACUGUAUGUGUCUGACAAUACUAAUGAGAAGUGGCUUAGACACACAGAUGAGCGAGGCCGACUGUAUUACUACAGUGCAGAUGGCUCUAGAUCUGAAUGGGAGCUUCCUAAAAUUGGUCUAAAAUCACAGUCUAACCUAUCCCCUCUGCUGCCAGGAGGUGGGGACUCACACAAAACUCGCAGUCUUGACCGGAGACUGCCAAAUCCCAUUCCAAUCAGCAGAACAAGACACAGCACAUAUUCACCGGAGUCCAAUGAUAAGGACUCCACUAAAGCAGGCUCACCCGACUCUGACUCUUCCUGUCCUUCCUCUCCCAACCCACCCCACUCUCCGUCAGAGAAAUGUGGCACUUUAAACAUGACAAAAAUCACAGAACAUGGAAAGAAGGUCAGGAAGAACUGGACCUCAUAUUGGACAAUUUUGCAGGGUUCUUCACUACUAUUCAAUAAGAGCCAGGGAAGUGGGACUGGUUGGUUUGGAAGAGAACAAAAGCUGGAGUUCAGUGUGGAUUUGAAAGGAGGGUCAGUGGAUUGGGCAACUAAAGACAAAUCUAGCAAGAAACAUGUUCUUGAGCUGAAGACCCGGCAGGGGAUGGAGCUCCUCUUGCAGUCAGAUAAUGAUGGCGUCAUCAAUGAUUGGCAAAAAGCCCUGAAUGAAGCCAUAAACACCCAUGCGUGGGAGUCUGAUGAAGCCAUUGAAGAGGACAUGCCAGAAUCUCCUGACACUGAGAAACAUGACAAAGAAAAAGAGCACAGAGACUCCAAGAAAGGCAGAGCUAUGAAGAACUCAUUCAGCAUGGACAAUUCAGACCAGAAGAAGACCAAGACCAAACUGAAGAAGUUCCUCACACGCAGACCAACUUUACAGUCUGUGAAGGAGAAGGGGUACAUUAAAGAUGUCGUGUUUGGCUCCAGUUUGAGCAGUCUUUGUCAGAGAGAGAAUUCUUCUGUUCCUCUUUUUGUCUGGAUGUGCAUCGAACAAGUGGAAAAAAAUGGGUUGGAAGUGGACGGUUUGUAUAGAGUCAGUGGAAAUUUGGCCAUUAUACAAAAACUGAGAUUUGCUGUCAAUCAUGAUGAACUAGUAGACCUGGAGGACAGCAAAUGGGAGGACAUUCACGUGACCACAGGAGCGCUGAAGAUGUUUUUACGCGAGUUACCUGAACCUCUGUUUACCUAUGCUUUCUUCAACAAUUUCAUCAGUGCUAUAAAAAUGUCAGAUUAUAAGCAGAAAGUUCAAGCUGUUAAGGAUAUAAUAAAGCAGCUGCCAACGCCCAACCAUGACACCAUACAGGUACUCUUCAAACACCUGAAGAACGUGAUACAGCACGUAGACAAGAACAGGAUGACUACUCAGAGUGUGGCAAUCGUGUUCGGCCCAACACUCCUGCGCCCAGAGACAGAGACAGCGAAUAUGGCAGUGCAUAUGAUUUACCAGAACCAGAUUGUUGAGCUCAUUCUUAUGGAAUAUGAGACCAUAUUUGGAAGGUAGGUCACACCCACAGCAGCAACCCUUUGACCAAACUCAAUGGGCCAUGUACUGCUGAAGACCAGCCUGUUCUGGAGAAGCCAAGCUAACUGCACAUUGACUGGCAGUCUGAACACUGGACAUGUUUUGGUACGUUUACAUGAGAGGACCGCCCAUAUUAGAAAAAACUCCACCCUACCCGGCUUCAACAUUGAAAUAAAAGAAAAACACCUUUUCCAGUAUCUUUAUUGGACUAAAUUGUGCAGUUAAGCAUAAUUUCUCAACUGCUUUCUGCUUCCUUGACUGGAUUAAAUACACGUAUAUAAACAUUUGCCACCCAUUGGACUACAUCAUUUUUGGACAAUUUUGUGGACAAAUCAUACUCCAAAUUGGACCAACGAGAGUUUAAAAUGUGAAAACAGCAUUGCUUCGGGGGAGAAAUUUUAAUUUCAUUCUAGGUUUCCGUUCACUUCUAGUACUACAAUUUACAUUAGAUCCGAUUUGGAACAAGAUUUCAUGGAUAUGACUACCAUGAUGGAUAUGGAAUUUAUUCUAGACUGAAAACUCAAAAAUCUCUGUGGCAGUGGAUUGCAUUCUGUUCUAGAAUUCUGGUACUGACUACAGAGAUGGUCCCUGCUGGGAAACACACUGGAGUUACUACGUUUGACUGUCUAGAACACAAAUACACGAUCACAUACACUCCAGGUUUUUUGUCUAAUUUUUUGGGUCUCAGUCUUGAAUUCCUGUUGAUAGUAAAAUAUCAAAGUGAGUUUCUGGAUGUACAGCUGACAACUCAUUCAGUAAGUGUAUGUAAGUUAAAUUUCAGUCUGUGUGAGUUUCCCCUCCGUGGUUCCGUAGAGACACAUCAGAAUGAAUGUGUGCAGGACACAUUUAACCCUGUGAGGACAUUAGACUUGCUACUGUUCCACACCAGACCCAACAGUCACGCAUUGAAAACUGUCAGACUACUGAUUAUUUGGAUAUACCUUGAUCAGGGUACUCGCCGUAUUUACUUUUUUGUGAUUUGAAAUCAAGGCUCUGUGGGACACCCCAUCUGUUCAAUGGGUUGAACUGUUAUAGUCCUUGGUCUUGAUUGUUCAGCUGACAAAUUAAUGUUUCAUAGAUUGUCAAAAUAUGUUAAGACAAAAAAAAAUUUUUUACAAAACAUUCGGGAAAAUAUGGGUUUUGAUAAUUAGACGUGACUUGUGACAUUUAAUCGUUCAAUCCAAUGAACAGACUGUAUAUCUAACCUUCACAGCCUCGUUUUCAAACACAAAAGCUAAUAUGUGGCUUUCACCAUCACUAGGGUUUAUAUACAGUGUGCUGUAUAGAAAAUAUCGUAAAUAUAUUGGUUUGUAUUCCAGUAUUCAAGUUUGUACUUGAAUACUGGACUGCUCUUUGUAAAGAUGAGAGUUUGAUGAUACUGCGUGUAUGUGUAUGUGGUAAGUGAAAAGAGGUAAAAUUGGCACAAUUGUAUUAUAGACAUAUAGUUUAUUAAAAAUUUUUUAAUAAGUAUUCUUAUAUAACCCAGGCAUUGUUAGUUGGUAAAAGCCAUUGAAUGUAAUUCUUUCAACAUUCUGCUGUAUGUUGCAGAGCUUUGUCUUGAUCAGAAUAAAGUUAACAAGGCAAACUUGUCACCAUUUGGGUGUGAGUUUCUACACCAGAGGGCAGCAAAUAACAGGUAAUCACACCACUGUGGUUUUGAUGAUAACAUAUACAAGUUCCGACUUCAAAUUCUGAUUGAAUGGGCUGAUUUGAAAGCUGUUAUUAAAUGCCUGUAAACCCACACCUGUGAUCACACAUUCUAUAUUAAAUGCACAAAGUUGCUAUUUUGCUUGGCAACAGUAAACCCUUAUAGUAAGGAUAUUGAACUAUAUUACUUUCCGGAAGAAUUGUUUAUUCAGAUUAUUAUUCAUGGUAAAUGUAACUGUAAAGAGUAAAUAUACUAUAUCACUGGUAAAUUAAUUGUAACUCAGGCCUUCUCGUUGCUUAUUGUUUUAAUAUUUAAACCUACCAUUGCGUCUUUUACCUGACAAUUAAUUUUAUCACAACACAUUGUAGGGCAGCUGUUUAGUUAAUGUUCUGGUUCAGACUUUUGUUGUGUGUUAAUGUAAACAUGAUUUUUGUUUGUUUUUAUGAACUGAUGAAAGUCAAAAUUAUUAAUCGAUUGUAAUUGAAAACAUUGCACAGAUCAAUGUAGAGCAAUUGUGUUUAAUGUGAAGAAUUAAAAAUAACAUUAAAAACGAAAUAUUGAUCAUCAGUAUUCAUCAAACCUGUUAAAGAAUGAAUAAGUAAUUUGAGAAACAAGCUGGUGCUUAACUUCCUUUAAUUUUAUGGGGAAAUCAUAAAAAGAAACAAAGGAUGAAAAAUCCUACAAAAUAUGGACUUAUCAUAACCUUGUGGAAAAUUUGACAUUUAUACACACAAUGCAAAGUUGGCACAAAUUAAAACAAACGUAGAUAAAAUGGGUUGACUAAUUUUGGUUUCUGAAUGGCAAUUUCAACAACAGUACAACAACAUAAAUUCAUGCUCUUUAUCACAGGUUUAGGGGUCAGUUAAUUACUGUGAAGCUGUUUAAAAAGUUCUACAUUUAACUAAACUCGCAAUGGUUUAAAAUAAUUGCAUGAUGGCCUUCUGACUCGUUCUGUGGUAGUAUAAAAUAAUGUGAAAUUAUAAAACUAAUACUGUCAAGUUCAGCUUUACAUACUGUAUAUCAAGGUUUAAACUCCUUCGUGGCACUGAGAUUAAUUCUAAAAUAUAGAAUUGUUGAAUACAGUAUUGUGUAUUACACAUGAAAUAAAUAAAGCAAUACAAAAAUAAGACAUAUAAAAGGUUCUAAAAAUGAAACACAUUUGUCACUGAUAAUAAUAAUACUGAUGGUAAAAUCAGACACAAUAUACACAUGCAUAAACAAAAAGAAUAACCAAUUAGAAAUACAUUGAAAUGAAUAAUACUGUUGACAUAAUCAACCAUUUUCUUUUUUAUUCUAUACGCCUCGACCAAGUGCUGCUUUCAUCGUGGCCUCCUCUAACCAACAAAAUAGAGAUAUUUGCUUUCCUAUACUCACUAGUGUAUCUUUCCUUUGCAAUCAUUUCACAUGCUGUCUAUAUUUGCCUGCUGUAAAAGUGUAAAUGAUUUUAGUAAUAUUGGGUGACUUUAGGAUGCAAGAAUUUAUUGUAUUUAUGCACCUUCAUAAAUGAGUGAAAACAUUAUCUAAAUGAAUAAAAAGGGUUGGAGGUCUUCAGCUGUACACUCACUUUAUUUAUUCAAUCCUAUACCCCAAUUGUAGCUUGGUGAAAUCAUUUUUAGCUUACUAGUUGUUUGUAAUUCAUUACUUAGGUCAGCUAUUCGUUUUAUCAAAUGGUUUCAAAAACGAGGAUAAUAAAAAAUGGUCUAAAGCAGAAAAUGUUUGGAAUUCUGAAUAAAGAUGUCUUGACAAUUCUUGGCUUGACUUCAUAAAAUUGAUUUCAGAGUGUGAACAGCAAGUACUCCUCACUUCACAAACCAUUAACACUUCUUAACACUGAAAAUCUGUAUGAGCGCCAUGUAAAGCCACUCCCACCAUUUAAUGGUGUGCCAUUUUUAUUAUUACAGGUAGCAUCUUUUGACAUCUUUGCAUCUAAAAUUAUGUUGUUGGGUUCUUGACCAGUGUUUACAUUUUAUCUUAUUUAAGUUAAUGGUCAGUUAACAAAGUCUAAAUUGUCCAGUCUGACUUUGGAGCAGCUAACUAUGUUAAAAUCGGUGAAUGGCACUUACAGCUGGGCGGUCUUGCUUAAGGCUGUGGGUGUGCAGUUCCUUAAGAGCAUCUUCUAUGAACACCAACACACAGACUGACACAUUACAACACAGCCACAUAAAGGUAAAUGAAAUGACAUACAUAAAACUGGCUUAGAGGUUGAGACAACAAACACUUUUCCCUGACUGAUCUUUUUGUUUUUUGAUUUAUCUUACAAUGUCAUGAUUAUGAAAAGUCUCAUAAUAAUUUAAAGAAACAGUCUAUAAAGAUCCAUUCUUUUUCUUUUUCUAAACCGUAACUGGCAAAUAUUGUGGAGUGCUUGUUACAAACAAAAUUAUUAAAAUGAGUAGCUUGUUACAAAUGAUAGUUUAAAUGCCAAUUAAUAUAUUGAUACAUGGCAAAAAGCAUUCCUAUGAAGAUCUCGGUGAGUAAUGAUUCAUUUGAUUUGUUUCUCAACUAUUUCUUAAUCUUUAUAGAUGAGCUCUAAAUAGUGAAGUGCAAUCUAAUUUCAUUCAUAAGGCAGACAAACCGUCAGAUGGCAAAACAAGAGGCAAUACUAACAAGAACCUGCCUGAUUAACAAAAUAAUAAUACUGAAUGGUAUCUUAAACUUGAGGCAUUAAGUAUCCAAGGGUGAAUCUCAUGAAGAAAUGUCUGGGUCAUAUUGCACCCCAAUUAAGAGAAAAAAUAUAAGUUAUAUUUUGUAUAAAGAUAAUAAAGCUUAUUUUUUAGGAUAUUUGUGACAUUUUCUUGACAGUUAAGAACAUUCCCCUCCCAAAUUGUCAUUACUCCAAUGUAGGAAAAUAAAUAAAAUUCUCAUACCCAAUUAGGGAUGUGCAAGAGUAAUCGACUAAUCGAGUACUUGUUCUGCACCUUGUCGACAAGUAAAAAAAAAAUACUUGAACACCACAAAUUGAUUUUCCUUUGCGCAUUUGCCUGCUGUAGGCAACACUAAAUUAUACCUAAAUGAAUAAUUGUAUACUGCACUUUUCUUCUAAAUCUUUCACCAAAUCUCUGAAAAUUGCAUUUAAGUAUUGAGAUUUGUAUUUUUUUUACAGUUGGGAGGGAGACAGGAGUGUGUUUAAUUGUAAUGCCACGUUGCAAAACAUUUUUUAAAUGAUAUUUUUUUGAAAGAUUCACCGCUUUAAGUAAACCAGUUAUACCUGCAGUGCAGAAUUCAGUUUUGUUUCUCAAAACUUUAAAAUACUGUUUUCGUAAACUUCAUUGGCAAUAUAAAGAUAUAGAAAUCUGACUGUACAUACAGUGAAACGAGAGAGCAACAAUAAAAGACGUGAACACUGAUAAACUGACAUACCAAGGGCGGUUCAGUAACAAAUCAAAGCAAAAACAAUUUCGAGUCCUAAGAAGUCUUAGUCAUGUUGUGUGUGUUUUUUUUUCUUCUUCUGUUUUUCCUUGUUAUAGUUGAAUACUUUUUUUUUUAAACAAGGAAAAUAUUGUUUGUAAAUCAGGCACACCUGGGUUUUAUACACAGUAAAGAUCAACCGACAGUUGUAAGUUUAUGAUGAAGAGGUCUUUCUCUCUUUCCUUA